AUGAAGAGAAAACGUCAAGUAAAAUCUACAGACGAUGAAAAAUCAAAUCGAAAAACACAAUCUUCAUCAACACUAACAGAUCAUGACAAGAAUAUUCACACUACUUCAAAAGCGUCAUCAUCUGAUUCUCUUGUAACAUCGACGACAUCAACAUCUAAAAAGAAGUCAACAUCAUCCCGAGGAGAAGGAAGGAAAAAAGGUGUCGUACAAAGUAAAAGUUUAUUCAAUUUUUCACAAGCUCCUGGUUGGAAUGAACAGGAAAAUAGAAUACUUCGUCUUGGUAUAAUGAAAUUUGGAGUUGGAAGUUGGAGUACAAUUGGUAGAGCUGGAAUUUUACCUGGUAAAAACUUUGCUCAACUGUACAUUCAAACUCAAAGAAUGUUGGGUGUGCAAAGUCUUGCUCAAUUCAAUGGAAUUAGAUUGGAUACCGAUAGAGUGAGAACUGAUUUUGAGAAAUUGGCAGAAAAAGUGAACAGUAAAUCAGGUGACAAUGGUGGGUUGAGUAUAAAGAAUGGAUUAAUUGUUAAUGCACAUGGUGCAAAUCCUACAAAGGAAUCAAUCAAACAAAAAAGAGAACACAACAGAAAGAAAUAUGAGCUCGAUGAAGAUGAAGUGGCCGACCUUGUUGAUGAAGAAGAGUUGUACUCUCUAAAAAGGAGUGUACGCCUCGAAUUUACAAAACAUUUGAGGAAAUUUCUCAAUCAAGAUAAUGAAAACGAAUCUACAAAUGAUCUCUCAGAAUUAACAUCAUCUCUAGAAACAAUAGAUGAUGAUCUUAAGGAGUGUAAAGACGAAUUGGAUGAUUUGAUGGAUACAUUCUUUGGUCAGGAUGAUUGA